UCUUUAUUUCAAGUAAAUGCUUUGGAUGGAGAAUAUGGAGAAUCAUGGUGAUGAGUACAAACACUAUUGGGAGACUCAAUAUUUCCUUGAAAAUCAAGAAUACGGAAAAGGGAAAUUAAUUUGUUUGCAUGCAUGCAUUUGGACAAUCGAUGGGUACUAUGAUUCUAGUUCUCCCGACGGAGCACCCUCCUCAGCCGCCUCUAGGAACAUCGUUUCCGAAAGAAACAGGCGGAAGCAGCUUAACCAACGCCUGUUUGCUCUCAGAGCAGUAGUUCCAAAUAUCAGCAAGAUGGACAAGGCUUCUAUAAUCAAGGAUGCCAUCGACUACAUCAAACAACUGCAAGAGCAGCUAGCCGGAAUCCAAGCCGAGGUCAUGGAAAUGGAGAACAAUAAUCCAGAGACAAAGGUGCGCCAGCAACUGCCUCUGCUACUAAGAUCCCACAACACCAACAUUUUCAAUCCAACAUCUUCCCCUAUUCAACUUCUUCAACUCAAAGUGACGCCCAUGGGAGACAACACUCUGCUGGUGAGCAUUACGUGCAGUAAACGUGCGGACACCAUAGUUAAACUCUGUCAACUUUUCGAAUCAUUUAACCUCAAGAUUAUUACAGCGAACAUCACCGCUCUUCCCGGGACACUGGUGUUGAACACUCUGUUUAUUGAGGCUGAUGAAAAGGAGAAAGAUGGGUUAAAGAUGCAGAUCGAGACAGCCAUUGCAGCACUUAGUGACCCACAAAGUCGUAUGAGCUAGAAAUAGCAUGCAAUCUAAACAUCU